GUUCUACAUUCUUCGCGACCUCACAAGGUUUCAUGGCGCACGGUUUUAGGGUUUCAGACCGAAGUAUCAAGCUACUUCGUGUUUUGGUUUCGACAGCCAUUCGCUUCAAUUCGACAACAGGCUCUGUAGUGGUCAUUGUGCUGCUGAAGAUUGGCUUGUUUUAUAAGUCUGGGCGGGGUGGAUUAGAGGAAAUAGUUACGAGAUGGAUACAUCGAGUGAGAUUAUGAGUCUUACGAUCAAAUUUGGAGCGAAGAGUAUUGCACUAUCGCUGCCGGCGUCAUCCAAAGUGAGCGAUAUGAUGCUGCAGCUACAGACGGCUACGGAUGUGUUGCCUCGCGUUCAGAAGCUUAUCUUUAAAGGUAAAGUGUUGACACCCGAUUUAACAUUAAAGAACGCGCAAUUAACAAAUGGCUCUAAGAUUAUGCUGAUGGCUGCGGCAGGUUUCCAGAGUCAGUUUCCAGUGAGGAGUUCAUCACCAAUAAAAAGGAAGUCAUCACCUCCUAAGAGGUCCACUCCAUUCAAGCAGAUUCCUGUGAAGUCCACCGGAUUUGACGAGAGCAGAUUAAAGGCUUGGAAGCAGACUGGUGUAGUUUCUCUUCGAGAUAGUGGGUUACAGGAAGUUCCUAUUACUGUUUGGGAUCUCCAGUCUGCUGUGCGGGUGAUGGAUGUUGGUGGAAACUGCUUAUCGGCCUUUCCUUCCAAUGUCAAGAGCUUGACAAAUAUACAGAGAUUGCGUUUGAGUGGCAACCAGUUGAAAAGUGACAGCAUUAGUUGGCAAAGCUUCUUGUUACUGAGCCGGCUAGCUGUGCUGGCUAUUGAUCAUAACCUACUGAGCACCAUCCCUCCAGAGAUCGGACUUCUCACGUCUUUGAGGUGCUUGAGUGUUUCUCACAAUAAACUGACAUCCGUUCCUAGUGACAUCGGCAACUUAGUGUCGCUUGAAACGCUCGAUCUGAGUUAUAAUUGUCUUGAGGAAGUGCCUUCAAGCCUCGGCAGUUGUACCAAGAUUUCAGAGAUAAACCUCACUAGAAAUAGGUUAAAGUCGAUUCCUGCAUCCUGGAGCCAGAUUUCGUUUUUGAAGAGGCUGCUUUUAGAUAGCAAUCAGUUGAAGGAUUUCCCUUCAGAGAUUUUACAGAAGUGCUCUCAGCUGCAAACCCUAUCGUUGCAUUCGAAUGAAAUCACAAUGGAUGAUCUUCGUGAGAUGGAUGCUUGGCCUGAAUUUGAUAAGCGAAGGAAGGAUAAGUACACCAAGCAGAUGGAUAUGCAGGUCAUGGGUUCUACAAGUGGUUUUGAUGAGGGAGCUGAUGUAGAGCAAUGGCAGCGGUGGUGACCGGCUGUAUUUCAUAUUCAAAGUGUUUUAUCGUCGUGCAAUCUCGAAGAGUCUACUAAUCGAUGUGCGUAUGGAGAAAGAAAUGGUGCACAAAUUUGGAUGAUUGUCAUCCUCUUAGUUUCCGAUACUCUCAUUCGUUAGCAUUAUUUGCAUUCAGUCCAAUAGCAGAUUAAUUAGCCUGUUCUGAAAGAAUUUCUAUCAAUAACUAUACCGUAAUUUAUGGGUGAUAUAAGAAUUGCAGGUCUGGUCAUCGCAGCUUCACAAAUAUGUAAACGUAUUAAUUGGAAGCAUUCAAAACGUCUAAAAUAUAGCAACUUACGCUGAAACUGCCAGCAUUGUAGCAUCGUCUCAAAUUAUUUUAUUUUAGUUUCAUCCGUUGCACUUUCUCUUAUUUUUGAAAGAAGCUAAUAGUGGAAUUGCAAGAGGUGUAAAUUACAUUUACUUUGAAA